ACUGAAAAUAAAGCUCCACAACUACCAAUCACACCAGACUCUGUUUCUUCUUAUCUGUUUCAGUUCCUUCCUAGGCCUUCUUUAGCUCUGUUUCAGUUCCUCCCUCCCUUUUUUAUAUACUCUUGUGUGUUCUUGUUCCAUUUUAUUUCGGACGGUGAGCUCAUUGCCACGAUGAAGGGGAGGACAAGCUCAUUCCUCUUCAUCGUCUUCUUGCUCUAUGCCCUUCAUGGGAUUCUCUCUGUUCAUUCCUUUCUUGACGAAUCGAAACAAGACGAACCGAUGAAAUUGGAGCUCAUUCACAGACACUCUUUGCGUGUCGAAAUGCCGAAAACGCAGCUAGAACUCAUUGAAGAGCUUCAGCGCCACGACGUCAUUCGCCACCAGAUGAUCUCCCGCAGGAGGCAGCAUCACCAUCACAGCAUUCCCACUGGCCUAAGGAGAAAUGCAUUGGAAACUGCAGCCUCCAUUGCAAUGCCGUUGAGUUCGGCUUGGGAUUUCGGUGCCGGGCAGUACUUUGUUCAGAUUAAAGUGGGAACACCUUCACAGAGAUUCCUUUUGAUUGCAGACACAGGGAGUGACUUGACAUGGAUGAAGUGCAAGUACCGGUGCGUUGCUGAUAAAUGUGGGUUGAAAAGAGCAACGAUGAAGAAGAACAAGAAGAAGGUGUUUCGUCCUGCUCAAUCUUCAACCUUCAAAAUUAUCCCUUGCUCUUCUGAAAUGUGCAAGUUCGAGCUUGAGUUUUCUCGCCAAGAAUGUCCAACCCCAUUGAGCCCUUGCAAAUAUGAUUAUAGGUACGCGGAAAGCUCCGGUGCAUUGGGAUUCUUUGCGAAUGAGACUGUAAGAGUACCCCUUACGAACGGUAGGAGAGCGAGGCUGAAUGAUGUGCUAAUUGGUUGCACAGAGUCCAUCGAGGGCCCUAAAGGGGCAAGCAUCCGGGCAGGUGAUGGGAUAUUGGGUUUAGGGUUCGGAAAGCACUCAUUCGUGGCGAAAGCUGCUUCAAACUUGGGUGACAAGUUUUCCUAUUGCUUGGUUGAUCACAUGAGCAACAAGAAUGUGUCAAGCUAUCUCACAUUUGGUCGAAAUGCUGAAACCGCACAGCAAAACAGCAGGAUGAGGUACACAAAGCUUGCUUUGGGUGGCCCUAAAAUUGGCCCAUUUUACGCCGUGAACUUGGUGGGGAUAUCAGCUGGGAGCAAAAUGCUAAAGAUACCAAAUGAAGUGUGGAAUGAAAAUCUUGGUGGUGGAACCAUAGUUGAUUCAGGCACAAGCCUCACAUUUCUAACCUCGCCAGCUUACAUACAUGUCAUGGAUGAACUGACCAUGGCUUUGUCCAAGUACAAAAAGAUUCCCUCGGACGCAUUCGAGUUCUGCUUCAAUUCCACUGGUUACGAUCAGUCUUUGGUGCCGAGAUUCGCAAUUCAUUUUGCAGAUGGAGCUAAAUUUGAGCCUCCAGUCAAGAGCUAUGUUAUUGAUGUUGCAAUACAGACCAAGUGUCUAGGUUUUCAGUCAGCUCCGUUUCCUGGCACUAUUGUUAUUGGCAACAUAAUGCAGCAAAAUUAUUUGUGGGAAUUCGAUUUGCGGGGCGGUAGAUUGGGUUAUGCUCCUUCAAGCUGUACCUAG